CAGUAAAAUGGAUCAUAAAUAGCUAUUAGCUAAGACUGUAUCAAAAACAAUGUACAAUUGUUGUCUUGGAAACAGAAACCCUUCUGGCACCUAUUCAAGCCAACAACUGGAAAUUCCAAAAUGGCACAGAGUUACUGGAACCGAAUGUCUAUCGAUUAGGUACUGCACUUGCCGACUCCUCUUGUACCCCUCCAUAUCGUCAUAGUCAUAGUAGGUUUCACCUAAAAAGUACUUGUCGAUUAGUCAGAAAAGAUAACGAUUGCGAUAGAGCAGUGUUGUCAUUAAAUGGCGGGCUAUUUCAGUGCAUGCCCCGCCGCAAACAUGAGCAGCACAUGGGUGGGCAGAGCUCCAGAACCGGCCGACAUGGAAAUGGUGACCGUAACCACGCAGCCAGACUAUGGGGUGGUGGUGACCCAGAUACCCGUCUACACCCUAAACGGAGUGGGGGCGGGCGCACUUCCGCUGGCUGUGGGCUCCAAGCCGAUGAGGGUGAGGUGUCCGUCCUGCAGGGGCGAGGUCACCACCAGUCUGGUCACGUCCCCCACCCGCAAGACCCACCUGUGCGCUCUGACCUUGUAUAUCUGCUGCUGCUGGCCCUUCAUCUGCCUUCCCUACUUCAUCAACUACUGCAAGAGUGUCCAGCACUACUGUCCCAACUGUGGAUGCCACAUUGGGAGCUAUAGCAUUUGAUCAAGUGCUGUGUCUCUGCCCUGCCAAAAAUCGUUUCCAUGUCAAGACUUAUAUAUAGAUGCAAUAAAUAAUAAUGUUUUAAAGUUUA